GUCCGAUUUGAGAGCCGAACCAAAUAAACAUGGCGGACUCACGCACAGAAGAGAGUGAAAUAAUUACUGGUAAAGAAAUGGCCACUCAAAUGGAAGAACUUGUGAGUAAUGAGAAUGGCGGUGAAUGUGACAAGAAAGAAGACGUGACUAACACUCAAACAGAGGACCCUUUCAAAAAACCUGCUCUCUUUGCGGCGCCUUCGCUAGUGAGUAAACGAGGUCUAGUCGCGAGCAGCGCAGCAAGAAAGCCUGCGCAUGGCGACAAAGAACAACUACAACCAUCUACUUGUGAUAGUAGUGAGGCAUCUGCAGAUGAACAAACAAAGGAAACCACCCCUUCCACGUCGUAUAAUGACAACCCGACGUCACGGAAAGGUCCAGAGAGCGAAAAAGAGAAGACUAGUGAUGGUGCAACGACCAAACUGCAAGACCACAAAACCCCACCAAUAUUCCCUGUCAAAGGAACACCUGCUGGCAAAUUUAAACCCCACCCUCCUGUUCCAUACACCGAACCCUCUUGGGCAGGAGUGGCAGAUUUCCCAUAUUCCCUAGAAAUCCUCAAGAAUGGCACUAUAUUUGAUACGGUCCCACUCACCCAGCAGAGUUAUUUUGUGGUCGGACGUUUACCUGUGUGCGACAUAUCCCUGGAACACCCCUCAAUCUCCAGGUAUCACGCUGUCAUUCAGUACCGUGGGCUGGCAGGAGAGGAGGAGUCAGUUGGAGAGGCGAGAGGGUUCUAUGUCCAUGACUUGGGCAGCACACAUGGUACCUUCGUCAACAAGAACAAGAUACCACCGAAUACCUACAUCAGAGUACGGGUUGGGCACGUACUCAAAUUCGGGGGAAGCACUAGACUUUUCAUCAUGCAGGGUCCAGAGUUUGACGAAGAGGCGGAGUCAGACCUGACUGUCACAGAGCUGCGGGAGCGAGCCAGGAAGCAGCGGGAGGAACUGGAGAGGAGGAUGAUGGGAGAAGGCUCGGACGAGGAGGACAAGGAAAAGGAAGAGGGGAAAGAAAGCAGUGGCGUCAAGAGAAAGAGUUUGAACGAUGAUUCGGGCUGUUCCUGGGGAAUAGCUGAUGAGACAGUCCCUGAAGAGGAUGAGAAUGAGGAGAACCCCUUCUCCACAGAGUUCCAGGAGGACCAAGAGGCUGCUUACCUGAAGGACCCCAAGAAAGCACUGCAGGGCUUCUUUGACAGAGAAGGGGAAGAGCUGGAGUUUGAGUAUGAAGACAAAAACCACGGUACCUGGCUCUGCAGAGUGAAGCUCCCGGUGGACGACGCUUUGGGGAAGCAGCUGGUCGCUGAGGUGACCCACACAGGGAAGAAGAAAGAUGCGGCCAUCCAGUGUUCCCUGGAGGCGUGCCGCAUCCUGGAGGCCCGGGGCCUGCUCAGGCAGGAGGCAGUUUCCCGCAAGCGCAAGAAGAAGAACUGGGAGGACGAGGAUUUCUAUGACAGUGACGAUGACAACUUUCUGGACCGCACCGGUGCUGUGGAGAAGAAGCGACGGGAGCGCAUGAAGAGGGCGGGAAAGAUUCAGGAGCGCCCAGACACUUACGAGUCACUGGUGGCCAAACUGUUGGUGGUUGAGAAGGAGCUGGCAGAGACCGAGAAGAAGCUCAAUGCUACAGGGAAAGAUGGCUCCCACUCGUCCUCCGAGGACCCCCUGGAUGCCUUCAUGGUCGCUGUGCGCAGCGAGGCGGCGCUGGACGGAGUGGAGCGCCGGAAGCUGCAUGUGCAAGCCGCCGACCUGCGCAAGGAGGCCCAGAGACUGCGCCGGCUGGUGGAGCUCACGCGGCCAGCCCAGAUGCCUUCACUGCAGACGGGGAGUGGGUCGUCCGAAGCAGACAAGCCGAAGAAGCGGUCCCUACCGCUGUUUGGUGCCAUGAAGGGAGGCGCCAAGUUCAAACUGAAGACUGGGACCAUAGGGAAGUUGCCCCCAAAGCGAGCCAACCUGCCCGCAGAACUCUUCAACAUGAAAGGAGAGGAGGAAGAAGAGGACGAGGAAGAAGAGGAGGAUGACAGCAACAAAGGGAGUGAAGACGUGACUGAGGCUGACAUCCAGGCUGAGGAACCCCAACAGUCUAAUGAAAGCACUGAUUCCCCAGAGGGCUGCAGUACAGGACGCCAGAGCCAGGACCCACCUCUGUACCAACCUCCCAGAGGGAAAAAGCUGUCCCAGAAAAGCAUAGUUGUAGAGGAGCCGGAUGAAACCAUGGAAGAUGCGCCUCUCGGGCAUUUAAAGCCCUUACCAGACCCUAAAGAAGGGGGCAAGGAGGUGGCAGCGGCCAAGCCCAGUCCUAAGACGUUCUUGAAAAAGAGAACCAUCGGCCCCAGCAGACCUCCAGCCCCCCAAUCAGGACAGUACCCUGAGGAUGACCCCGACUAUUGUGUCUGGGUGCCUCCCACAGAUCAGUCUGGGGAUGGCCGCACCCACCUCAACGAAAAGUAUGGUUACUGAACACAAGGCUCAAACAUUUGACUAUUUUUUCUGACGCCACCCACCUGCAGACCUAGCAGCAACACACACACAGGCCUCCAUCCCCUCAGUAUCUGUGUUCUCUGCCACUCCUGAGUAAGAGAGAUUGCAUACAACAUACCUUUUACCACAUUUGAAUGCACUUCUGGGAAAAUGGCAACAAUGUGGAGGCUGGCACUUGGAAAGCGUACAGUGUUGCCCUCUUUGUGAAAAUGACCAAAUUUGGACGUUUGGGUGGUAGCAGGUUUGUAGUUGCCUCAUGGUAACCAUUGCCUCCUUUCUCCAAGAUGACCAGGUCAUUGAAACAACUUGGUGAAUGUUUUGCAUUACAUAUCAUCGAACAGUGUGAAAAAGGACCAGUCCCAUUACAGUUAAGAUCUCAGUCCUCAGAUACUGGUUAGUAGACUAGCCAGCAGAUCCGACCCACUUGCUUUUACAGCUGCACUAGGGUCGGACAGCAUUCCUGUGUAUAUUAAGACGCCGGUGCAAGAUAUGGCUCGGAAAACUAACCUCAAUCCAGGGAUGAGAAAUGUUGGGAUAAUGGGACAAUUCGGAGUAUAACGCAUUUCCAGUCCCUGGAUUGAGGUUCGUUUUCCAAGCCAUAUCUUAUUCCGGCUCAGCGGUGUCUUAAUAUACACAAGAAUGCUGUCCGACCCGAGUGUAGCUGCAAGCAAGCGGGACGGAUCUGCUGGCUCAUAACCAUAGUAGGCCUGCCUGAAAGCACUUGACUCACCCCCUUGUAUGUAAUAGAGAUAGGCUGCACUUAAACCGAGCCCAACUGGAAUUUGAAUUGGCCCUAUCCUAUGUCAGAUGAGUGUACAGCAUAUAGUGAAGCAUUUAGCGUUAGUGCCCAAAUUCACUCAUCUGAGGUCGGCUUUGUUACUUUGGCUGCUCUCUCACAGCUAAGCCCACCUGACGUCCGAACAGCAUGGGUUCCCUGCUGGGUUACACUGUCGAUUGCUGGCGUAACCCUCUUUCAAAUGAGAGUGAGCGUGGCGGAGAGAGAGGGAGCACAUUUAAGCAGCUUUGCAGACCAUCUGGACACUUGUGUGGCAUUACUGGAUAAAACGCAAGCUGAUAAUGAGUCAAGUCAAAAGUAGUGUGUGUCCUCCCCCUCCAAAGUCUCUUUUUAACCAGAUCUUCAUUACUAGUGACUCAGCGUUUAGGAGACUGGUGUGUGUGAAGUAGGGUUUCAUGUGUGUGUUUGUGGCAAGCUACCUAGAGCAGGAUUACACUGCCUCAGAAAUCCCACACAGCAUUUAUUCCUGUGUUCUUCAUUCUCUCCUCACUACUAUUCUAUCCUAUUCCCUCCAGCUGACACUCUUAAACCUGGAAGGUUAAAAGUAAUACCCUUCCAGAAGUCGUGUAUUUUGUUACUUUUUAUUUGUACAAUAAAGUUGUCCACACGGUACUUAGCCCA